UCUCCGGGGUAGUGAAGCACAUUCUGUAGGUUGCAAACUUGAGGUAUUGUGUAGCCAUGAGUGGACGGGGCAAGGGAGGCAAAGGACUCGGAAAAGGAGGCGCCAAGCGCCACCGUAAAGUGCUUCGCGAUAACAUCCAGGGCAUCACCAAGCCCGCCAUCCGCCGCCUGGCUCGCCGUGGCGGAGUGAAGCGUAUCUCCGGUCUGAUCUACGAGGAGACCCGCGGAGUCCUGAAAGUCUUCCUGGAGAACGUGAUCCGUGAUGCCGUCACCUACACCGAGCACGCCAAGAGGAAGACCGUCACCGCCAUGGACGUGGUUUAUGCCUUGAAGAGACAGGGUCGCACCCUGUACGGCUUCGGUGGAUAAAUUCGACGACAAAACUACUAAACCCAACGGCUCUUUUAAGAGCCACCCAAAAUUCCCAA